GGAGUCUUCUGUUGCUGUAGUAAAAAUUCAAGUUCCUCAAGGUUUUUUCCGUCCCUUCGCUUGCAACUUUGCCUCGCAUGCUGAGCUAAAAAUCGGUUUCGACCAGAAUAAAUAGAUCUUUUGACUGGCGCUGAACAUCAGAUUAAAAUCAGCGCGCUGAACGAUAAUGUUUUAAUUGGUUUUUCCCUCAGGGGUUUCGACAGCGUCAAGGUUCAAAAUUCAACUGUGUGCCACGUGAUCUGCGACUGCUGUUUUUCCUCAGAUUUUGGGAUAACAUCGAUUCUUUUCCUGUGCGUCGUGAUCUCUGAUACUGGAAACUCCAGGGGCUGAGUUCUUCGGGAUAUGGCUGGAAUGUUUUUCCAGGAAAGUUUCAGCAGUAGCGUUGAUUUCCCAACGUACAUACCAUGGCAAACGCUCUCUUCGGAUUUGUCUGAUAAAUUAAAGCAUGGCUCCAUUCGGAUCAACCGCAGCAACCGUGUUGAAUAUGCGACAAUUCAAGAGGAAGGGACCCCCCUCCUGGAAAAUGGAAAGCAUAAGGGGGACGGCCCCAUCACCGAUGGAUCUAUCAUGACCGAGGCUGUGAAAGGAGGUACCAGCUGGCCUGUUGCCUCCUUUCUUCUCGUCAAUGCAGCCCUCGGAGCUGGCGUCCUUAACUACCCAUAUGCUUAUGACAAAGCAGGGGGUGUCUUCUUCGCUGCUGUUUUGCAAAUACUCAUGAUGGCUAUUUUAAUAGGCACAAUGCUGGUUCUGGUCUAUUGUGCUGAUUUAAAUAAUGACAGUACAUACCAUGAUGUAUUACUCUCCUUGUGUGGCAGAAGGGCUCAACAGUUUGCUGCGCUUUCUAUUUUACUCACAUGUUAUGGAAUUUGCAUUACAUUUUUAAUAAUUAUUGGCGAUCAGUAUGAUAGAUUAUUCCUUUCACUGUUUGAAAAAGGAUUCUGUGAGUGGUGGUUUUUGGAUCGGCGAUUCACUAUAACAAUCACGGCUAUUUUCUUCAUUUUACCAAUGUGUUAUUUUCAAAGAUUAGAUUUUCUAAGAUAUGCAAGGUAUUAUAGUACACUUGGGGAUAUUGCAAUGCUGUAUCCUGUCUUUCUUACAGUUUAUGAAUAUACAAAAUGGAUGCGGAAUCCUGGUAAAAUAAAAGUAUUCCCAGACAGUGCAGUUCAAGUGUUUGUUGUUAUACCAGUGUUUUCUUUUGCUUAUCAAACACAUGAAAUUGUUGUUCCUGUUUAUGCUUGCAUGAAGAACAGAAAUAUUAGAGAUUUCUCUAAAGCAACAUUUUUAGCAAUGGCUAUAUUAUUUGUAAUUUACUGCAUGGCUGGAAGUUUUGGAUACAUAAAAUUUGGUAGCAAGAUAGCCCCUGAUAUAAUGGAACAGUAUGAUGCUCGAGAUCCAGUUGUUUUGAUUGGAAUUGGAGCAUUAGUUGUAAAAAUGAUUACUACGUAUCCACAAUUAGUACUAUGUGGCCGAGGAGCAUUAGAUGGGUUAUAUGCAGAAUUUGUUAAAUUAACAACUGAUCAAUUUAUAAGAGGUGAAUUUAAGAGAAGAGUAAUUGUUACCUCGAUUUGGUUUGCCACUACAGUGUUGUUAGCUGUCCUUGCUCCAAAUAUUGGUGUAGUCAUUGAAUUAUUAGGCUGCUUGGCUUCUGUUAAUAUAUAUAUAUUUCCUGGUCUUUGCUUGAUAGCUCUGACAUUUCGAGAUGAUGAAGCAUUGCAUAAAUGGAGAAGUGUUAUACAAGUCAGUGCAGCAAGUGCCAUGAUUGUGUUUGGAACUUUUGUUUUUGGUGUAGUUGCUUCUAAAGUUGUUAUGUAUGGUAUACUUGGUCAAACAAGCACGCCUGCACAUUUUAAAUGCCGGUGAUACAGUCUAACGUAAAAAUUCAUAGGAAAGCAAAAAACAGAAUAUUUUAAUGCAAUAAUUCAUAUAUUGUUAUUGGAAUUUUAAAAAAAGAAAAAAUACAAUAACUUAUUUCUUUGUCUAAUGUAUUUUUCAGAUAGCAUUGUUAUACAUGGAUAUUCUGCUUAUUUAUAAAUCUUAAAAUUCAUAAAUUUUCCCUAUUUCUUCUGAUUUAGUGUUGUUAGAUUACUAUUACAUAUUUACAUGAAUGUGUAUAGUAUUUAUCCAGAUGUCAUCAGUAGUUCAUGAUUAAUUUAGUAUAUCUGAUACAUUUCAUAAUUUUCUCAGUUUUUAAAAUUUGUUUUAUAUUUGAUCAUAUUGCAUUGAAUCUCAUGUUUUACAUUAAUUUUUGUACAUAGUACCUUUCUGACUUAUGUUCUUAAAUGAAUGCAUGUCAUUUUGAAAUAAAUCAUGAUAAAUCUUUUUUGA